AUGGGCGACAGCGGUCUGGGCGAUGGCGGCAAGCGCAACACCGGAAAGAACACUGGUGUGGUGCUCGAUCUCCAGUGUCGAAAGCCACAAAAGAUCAUGCCUCAUCAGGCUUUCAUGCACCUGUUCAAGGACGACAUCAGGGAUGAUCUUAAGAAGGGCUUUCAAGACUACCUCAAAGGGCGCAACGAGGUGUUCCCUCUCAGUGCGGGCAAACCGAUGGGAUGGUUCGCGUUCAAGAACAAGGAGUGCGACCGCCUGCUUGCAGAGGCAUCCGACAGUGUGAAGCAAGAAGUCGAGGAAUACCGCCAGCAUCACUACGAGGGGCGCCCGACGAUUCUGCUAACGUUCGAUAACAUCAUGAGCGAGGGUAACGCGAAUGCGCGGCAAGAGGUACAGGUUUUGCAACGGUCAAUUGACAGUGUCACCUACACGGGAAUGGAUGUUUUGAAGGUGUUCGAAGAACAAACAGGGUUGAAAGGCACAUUGCUAUUGGGUGGACCAAACCCAGAGUCUGGGGAUCUGAUAACCUUCUCGUACGUGAUCAGUCAUUCGGUAAACCCAGCGCUGCCAAAGCAGCUUGCUUCUCUGUACAAGGGCGACGCUGAAGAGUGCGAGCCGAGGGUAAGCGCCUCCUCCAUGGACGGUGAUGAGGGAGACAAACAAGCGCCGAACUCGGCCACAGCCUCUUCCUCGACCACAACCAGCACCUCCGCUACACUCUCUGCCUCGACCAUGAUCGCCUCAAGCGCAGGCACCUCUGUGGUUUCCACUUCCUCCACCACGACCGAUCCCUCCUUGAAUGCUCCCCUUCCCACUGUCUCAUCUCGCAACACUGCAGCCGACACGUCUGCUCCACCUCCCGAAGCGCAGGAACUCACCUAUGACCAGACACAGCGUAACACCAUCGCCCGAAACCACACUCUUAUGGAGCAAGUCAUGCUUGCCAAGUCAGCGGACGAGGCUGCGGAGAUUGUCGAUAACCGCAAGGAGGUUCCGACUUGGAUGGUGGACACGAAGGAAUACCUGCGAAACGUCAGCAACGCGGAGUGGUGGCAGGAAUCGGUGGAGAGCUGGGAGGGUUUUGAAUACUGGGUCGAGGACUGUUAUAAGUUCCGUGAGGGUGUCACAGCUACUGUUACUACACUGAUGGCCUGGCACUGCUGCGGGUGGGCAUUCCAGCAGGUAUACUGGGCUGGAAUUAGGGGUAGCCCGAAUAGGGAGCAGUGGCUGGUAUUUACUGGCAAAUGGCUAGCCCAGGGUGCAGCACAGAGUGGGAAAAUCAUAAGGCACUAG